UACAGACCUGGUCGCAUGCAUUCAGAGGUUUGGUAUAGCCCACGCCCCACAGGUUUGAACACCCCCAUUUGUUCAAAAUGGAUUCCUCCAUAAGGGAGCCGUCUCACUUAAAGGUGUGAACUCCACCUGCAGACCAAACAAAACCUUUUUGAAUGAAUCGCCAGAACCUAUAAGACUAUUGGGUCUUCGUCUUGUCACGCCAUCCUGGGUCCAUACCGAGACAGCACGCCAGAGCACAUGGACCAGCUAUCCAACUGGUCUGGUGCGGGAGAUGAUAUCACGGACGAGACUGCGUCACUGAUAGAGGAGGAGGAGGACGAUGAGAGCUCAGACAACCAGCCAAACUGCACUCCGUCUGUACCUCAAGUGCCUACCUACAAACAGAGACGAGAUGAGUUCCGGAGGUUAUUCAAAGACGUUGCGAGCUCAGAAAUACUCCUGCUGGACUACCCAUGUGCUCUCCACCGAGACGUGGGCCUCCUCCUGCAGGGGCGCCUCUACCUCAGCCAAAAUUGUCUAUGUUUCUGCAGCAGUGUCUUCGGACGCACUAAGAUUAGCCUGGCCCUCAAAGACAUCAGCCACAUGAGCAGGGAAAAAACAGCACGCCUAAUCCCUAACGCCAUCGAGAUCCGCAGCAGUAGCAAAAAGCUCUUCUUCACUUCCUUCGCCUCGAGAGAGAAGAGUUUCACCGGGGUGUUCCGUCUGUGGCAGAAUGCGCUGCUGUACAAGUCGCUGACCAAAGAAGAGGGCUGGGGGCUGGUCAGGCAGCACUAUGGAAAUGAGCUGGGCCUGAGCCAUGAAGAGAUGGAGAGCACACACUUUUCUGCAGACGUAAGCAUGCACAGUAGGCACGAGGCAGACGACGGCUACCUUGCAAAGUUUGAGAGGACGUCCUCCGGGCGUAUGCGAGCAGACCUGCCGUCUUUUGAAUAUGAUGACGUCUCUUCUGCAAGUUCACAGAAGUCUCCUUUCGAGGAGGAGCGCCGUGUCUCCCUGCCUCCGCGCCGCAGUCCCGUUGCGCUCAUGGAGCGCUUGGAACAUGAAUCUGUCGCUAGGUCUUUGCCGCCUUCUUCGGAAGAACCAGGCGGCGUGUCUCAGGAGAGCGGAUCGGAGAGCGUGGAAGAAGGUAAAGAAGAUGCACCCGAGGAGCGAAUUGGGCUGCUGAAGGAGCAGGGUCGCCUGAACCUCAACAAGGUCUUCCACAUGAGCGCCAGCCGAAUGUUCGACCUGCUCUUCACAGAGUCCAAAUUUAUCCACCGCUUCAUGAACGUGCGCAAGAUAACCGAUCCGAGUUUUGAGGCGUGGCAAAAAGAUCCCGGCGGGGACAUGAAGAGGACCCUGAACUACACCAUCACCAUCAGUAACCCUCUGAUUGGCAAGUUCUCCACGGCAACCGAGAACCAGACGCUCUACAAAGAAUCUCGAGACGGUCAGUAUUACCAGGUGGACUCUGAAGUGUACACGCACGACGUGCCCUACCACGACUACUUCUACACGCAGAAUCGCUACUUCAUUAAACGCCACACCAAGCACAAGUGUCGACUCAAGGUAUACACGUACGUCAAGUACAAGAAGCAGCCGUGGGGCCUGGUCAAGUCCUUCAUCACCAAGAACUCCUGGAGCGGCAUUGAAGAUUAUUUCAAACAGCUGGAGGCGGAGCUUCUGGAGGAGGAGGCCGAGAUCAACCAGGGAGCGGCGGAGGCCGGUGGGGGGCGGCGGAGACGGCGGACGUUCAGCCGGACCAUGCUGGAGCACAUGAAGCCCAAAAAUCUUUUCGGCCAAUCACACGACGAGCACGGAGACGCCCCGGGUGAGAUGAGCGCCCCGCGCAGAUGGAACAUCACGGCCAUCGUGGCUGCCUUGAGUGUGAUUCUUCUGAUCCUGACCGUACUAAACGUGGGCUUAUUCAUCAAGUUGUGGGCCAUGGAGGACGUGGCCCACCGCAUGUACCUGACCACAAAGCAUCGGCUGAUGGAGAAGACCGAGGCCAGCGUGGCGCCCGAGUACGCUUCCAGGCAGGGUCCACCCUUCAGGAGCAGAGAGGAGGCGCAGCUGCUCAGAACCGUGCUGCAGGACUCUAUUAACCUUCUAGAGCAGCUCCGACGGACUCUGUUGCUGCUGCAGCAGAACUUUGCAUCUUCCAAUCAAACAGCGUGACGCGAUGGUCAACCUCACCCUGUUUUUAUUGCUCUUGACUGACCUCUUGAACUGUGCCUUUAGUGUGAGUCACACACAAAAAAACAAAUGUGAAUACUUUAUUUUUUUGUUUUAUCCAGAAAGUGAAUCCUUUUUUUUUUUUUUUAAAUGAUGUUGUUGUAUACAAGUUUGCACAUUUUUAAUCUUAUUCGCCUAAGGGCUUUGAGCCCAGCAUGUGUUUUUAGAAAUUUCUUGAAAUAAAUAGGAUCAGUCAAGUCUUAUUUUUAGAUUUCCCCGUCUAUGAACCCCCCCCCCCCCCACACACACACACGCACUCGCAUUUACCCGGAUGUUUCGUUGAAUGUGUUUAUAUACACUUCUUGUUGUAAAUGCAUGUUUCCUGACCACUGUUGUGCAUAAAUGUUAAGUUUCAUGUUUACAUUGUUGCCGUCACUGUUCUAUUUUGGCCACUUGGGUGAAUUUAUAGACCCCCCCCCCCCAUCAAUAAACUCUGAGUCUUCAAAUCCAAAUAAA